AUCACGGUCCAUCACGGUCAGUCAGAUCUGCGCAGUGGUGCAUGACUUGUGCACGACUUGUUGCGGGGAGCUUUGCUGCGCUUAACUGUCACUGUAAAAUCGUAACAGAUUCGAACAAGUUGUAGGCCUACACUGUACUACAUUUAUCAUGAAGAUACCCAUUGUCAACUUCGAGGACUACAUGCUAGGGGAAACAAACAUCUCUGCCGAAAACCUGCAGAAAAUAUGUGCCAGCCUGAAGACAGCGUUCAUAGAAGUUGGUUUUGUUUAUUUGAAGAACACUGGAAUAACACAGCAAGAGGUGGAUGAGGUGAUGAAAAUUUCAAAGGAAUUCUUUUACCUUCCUGAGGAGAAGAAACUUUCUUUCAGCAGGGGCAGUUUCAACAAUAACCCCAAUCAUGGUUGGGUCUCCCUAGAAAGAGAGAGUUUAAAUCCAACAAGACCUGGUGAUCUAAAGGAAGCGUUCAACACCAGCUCACUGCACCCUGAUAUAAAAUGGCCAUCUGAAGAUGUCCCUGGUUUUAGAGACAAGCAAGCUUCCUUCUUCAUGCGCUGUAAAGAGCUUUCUCUCAGGGUUCUCAGACUGAUGGGUCUCAGUUUAGGCCUAGAUGCUGAUGUCUUUGUCAGUGCACACAAGCAAAUUGGAACUGAUGAGAAUGGCUCCACUCUGCGGACGCUGUACUAUCCCCCAGUGGACAGUGAUCAAGUGAAGGAGGGCCAGCUGCGCUGUGGGGAACACUCCGAUUAUGGCAGCAUCACUCUCGUCUUCCAGAGCCCAGAGGGAGGACUACAGGUUUUGUCACGAUCAGGACAGUACAUUUCAGCUCCAUUUAUCCCUGGGACAGUUUUACUGAAUAUUGCUGAUCUCAUGCAGAGGUGGACUAGUGAUGUUUUUAUUUCUGCGGUCCAUCGAGUGCUGCUACCCUCUCCUGGAGAUUCAACCACACGCCAGUCUUUGGCCUAUUUUGUACAGCCUGAUGAUGAGGCCUUGAUUACUUGCUGUGAUGGCUUAAACAAGUAUCCCCCUGUAAAAUCAGGGCAUUACCUUAUGGAAAGAUUUAAGGAAAGUUAUGGACGUAAGUCAUCCUCCAUGGAAUCCUAGAUGAUAAAAUUGUUGGAAACUUUAUAAUCACAAUUAAUUUCUAGCAGUGUUGUUUUCAAAUUGAUAGCAAAUAAUAUGUUUAUUAUCUAGAUUUAUUUUACUGUAGGGAUAUUUGUAGAUUCAUUAUAACUAUAAUGUCAUCAUUGUUUUUUUCUAACAAUGUUUUAAUAUUGGAAGUUGUCUUAUCAAUUAAAGCAAUAAAAACUUUC